GCUGCAGCCACCCAGAGGACCCAUCUGUGUAAGCCAUGCUUCUCAGUGUUAAAAGAUAUUUUGCACCUGAGUGAGUUACAAGUGGUUUACUUUGAGAAGAAUGUGUUCUUAAGUGAUGCAUGUUUGAGAGACUUGUGUUCCAGUGCAAACCCUCACCAGCAACAGAAGGAUGCCAGUGGAGAGAAGCCCUGGAAAGAAGAUAUGGAGAGACCCUCGCUUGUGACCUGUUGCUGCUUCUACUUAUCUGGGAUGCCUGUAGCUAGUAUGGAGGUUGGGGAAGACUCCUCAGCCAUGUUAGGGCUUCUCCAGCACCAAGCCACUCUUAACACUAUGGAGCCACACAGUAACAAUGAGAUUUCACAGGAAUUUCUCAGUGGAAAAAGACAUCACCAGUGGGUUGAAUGUGAAAGAGCUGACAGCCAGAAACAGAAAGUUCCUUAUCAGAAAGAUCUCUGCUCUGGAGAUAUGAUUUAUGAGUAUAAUAAAUGUGGGGAAGUGUGUAGACAAAUGUUUAACCACCCUCCACAUGGGAGAGUUCACACUGGAGAAAAGCCUUAUGAGUGCAGUGAAUGUGGGAUAUCCUUUCGUCAAAAGUGUCGCCUCACUGUGCACCAAAGAGUUCACACUGGAGAAAAGCCUUAUGAGUGCAGUGAAUGUGGGAUAUCCUUUCGUCAAAAGUGUCGCCUCAUUGUACACCAAAGAGUUCACACUGGAGAAAAUCCAUAUGAGUGUAGCGAAUGUGGGAAGUAUUUCAGAGAAAAGGCUGCCCUCAAUAAACACCACAGUGUUCACACUGGAGAAAAGCCAUAUGAGUGCAGUGAAUGUGGGAUAUCCUUUCGUCAAAAGUGUCACCUCACUGUGCACCAAAGAGUUCACACUGGAGAAAAGCCAUAUGAGUGUAGUGAAUGUGGGAAGCAUUUCAGAGAAAAGGCUGCCCUCACUAAACACCGUAGAGUUCACACUGGAGAAAAGCCAUAUGAGUGUAGUGAAUGUGGGAAGCAUUUCACUGAAAGGGCUGAACUCACUAAACACUAUAGAGUUCACACUGGAGAAAAGCCAUAUGAGUGUAGUGAAUGUGGGAUAUCCUUUCGUCAGAGGUCUCACCUCACUAAACACCACAGAGUUCACACUGGUGAAAAGCCAUAUGAGUGUAGUGAAUGUGGGAAGCAUUUCAGACAAAAGGCUGCCCUCACUAUACACCAACGAGUUCACACUGGAGAAAAGCCAUAUGAGUGCAGUGAAUGUGGGAAGCAUUUCAGUGAAAGGACUACCCUCAAUAAGCACCACAGAGUGCACACUCGAUAAAAGCCAUAUGAGUGUAGUUAAUGUGGGAAAUCCUUUAGUGAAAGCUCUAUCCC